ACCAUCCACCACGUAAUGAAUCCCCACACCCAAUUACUCUCUCUCUCUCUCUCUCUCUCUCUCUCGUUUGCCAAGAUUCUGGAUAGUGCAAGUGUGGCUAUGGUAGAAGCUGCCUGAGGAAAUUGCUUGAACCAAACAAGCCAUUUUGUUCUUCAUUAAUGUCUAGGUCUUCUUCUACUUCGUUUUUGGCUCUCUUACUUGUAACUCUACCGAUACUUGUUAUUAUUGGUUUCUUGAGUUUGUUUUCUCCACCUCUCGCCAUAGAAAGUUCGUCUAAAUUGCUUGAACCACCACCACCAGCAGUCCCCCGUACUACCACUCCUCCAUUAAUUAGUUCUAAUUCACAACAUGGUGAAGCAUCAGAUCAAGCACCAACUCCACAUGGUUCUGCAAAACCAAACAAAGAAACACCAUCAGAUCAAGCUGAUGAAACUCAUACUCCAAUAUUCAGUUCUUCAGAGCCCACACCAGCGCCAUCAGCUUCUACUACUCAUGGAGAAGAGAAAGAGACAACACUGAAGCAUGAAGCUGGGCACGAUCAAGAUCAUUUUGUUGGCACUUCUAAGAGAAAGAGCAGACCUUUAAAGAAAGUCGAAGCAGGUUUGGCUAGAGCCCGGUUUUCUAUAAGAGAAGCUUCUCAAAUCCGGAAUUGGACAUCAACUCAUCAGGACCCAGAUUAUGUUCCUCAUGGCCCAGUGUAUAGGAAUGCAAAUGCUUUCCACAGGAGUUAUCUAGAGAUGGAGAGGCUAUUCAAGAUCUACGUAUACGAAGAAGGAGAAGUGCCACUGUUUCACAAUGGUCCAUGCAGGAGUAUAUAUUCCACAGAGGGAAGGUUCAUCCAUGAAAUGGAGAGGGGACAACUUUUCCGUACUAGAAAUCCUGAUGAGGCUCUUGUCUACUUCCUUCCUUUCAGUGUGGUCAUGAUGGUUCAGUACCUCUACGUUCCCAAUUCUCAUAAAGAUCAUUACUUUCAACACGUUAUGGUCGAUUACAUUGACAUCAUUUCCAACAGAUAUCCGUUUUGGAAUCGAAGCCUUGGUGCUGAUCAUUUCAUGCUCUCUUGCCAUGAUUGGGGGCCGAGGGUGUCUUCCUUUGUUCCACAUCUAUUCCACAGGUCCAUAAGAGUUCUAUGCAAUGCUAAUACAUCUGAAGGAUUCAAACCAUCAAAGGAUGCAUCCUUUCCGGAAAUCCAUAUUCGGACAGACAAAAUCACAGGGCUAACUGGCGGUCUCCACCCGUCCCGCCGGUCGGUUCUUGCUUUCUUUGCAGGUCGUUUGCAUGGCCACAUUAGGUACCUACUUCUACAGCAAUGGAAAAACAAAGACCAAGACGUGCAGGUUUAUGAGGAACUUCCACAUAAAGUAUCUUAUGACUCUAUGUUGAAGAAGAGCAGGUUCUGCUUGUGCCCAAGUGGGUAUGAAGUAGCCAGUCCAAGAGUUGUGGAGGCAAUCUAUGCUGAGUGUGUGCCAGUGUUGAUUUCUGAUAGCUAUAUACCACCUUUUAGCGAUGUUCUAAACUGGAAGUCGUUUUCUGUGCAAGUCGAAGUGAAGGACAUACCAAAUAUCAAAACGAUUUUGAUGGGCAUAUCUCAAAGACAGUACUUGAGGCUGUACAUGAGAGUAAAACAAGUACAGAGACAUUUUAUGGUGAAUGCAACUCCUAAGAGAUUCGACGUUUUCCACAUGACACUUCACUCUAUUUGGCUUAGGAGAUUGAACGUCCAAAUUCAAGAUCAAUAACCAUUGAUGAAUGGAUAGGAAAAGCUUGGGAUUUCCAUUGUA